UGCUUACAUAUUCUCAAAAUCCUGAUAGGCAGAUACUGCACUGUGAUGCCAGUGUUGUGAUGUUGUAGAAAAGUGUGCACGGUUCGAUUUCUAAGCAUUAGGCUGUAAUGCCGGAUUUAUGCCAGCCUAUACCGUUUUUCUUGAAUCGAACUCAACGCUAUGGAAUGCUAUUGUAUGCUCCUGCUGCUCUAUCGUCUUGCUGCCCAACUGCCGUCGCUGCUGCAUGAGUUUGGUAAAGGCUGUCGGCAGCUGCUUUGUAACGAUGCGACAUGCCGCUGUCUUGGUGUGCUUGGGUAUCAUUGUUGUUAGUUUGCAGCACCAUGUCUCCGAAGGUCUCUCGAUUUUGAGCUGCAGCCUGUUGGUGCCUGUCGUGACUCACAGAGGCAAAAGAUGGCAGCCCAACAUGCCUCUGCCGCCCCAAUUGUGUCGUGGCGUGAGCUGCAUGUCCAGCCUUUGUUCAGCAGCACCUGUCGCAGCAGGUCUGAUAACCUUGACCGUGACAGCAAUGCCCUCGCUCCGCUGCACAGUCUGUGCCACUCUGCUCAACUUGUCAUGGUUCAUCCAAUCCACAUCUCCGAAUCUUGUAAUCUUAUCACCGGGCUUAAGGCCAGCCGUUGCAGCUGGUGAUGAUGCGACUACGCUGUUGACUUUGGCAAAGGGUGCUUCUAGUGCGACGCGUGAGGCUCGUGCUGUCUCUGCUGAUUGGACGGAUGAUGAAGUAGAUGCGACUGGUGCUGGUGCUGGUGCUGGUGCUGGGGAUGGAGCUGCGGCAGCAUUCUCCCAGUGCUCGUGCAUGGCCUUCUCGAUGCGUGCCAUCAAAUCUUUGUAGUCGUUCUUCAGAGGGAUGAUGCGGGCGCGGGUUGUGCGGAUUUGAGCAAUGUCGAGGUCGGGACGAGGGUAGCCGUCAAAGGUGACGAGCGAGGUGCUCAUGUUGACUCCAUGCUGUAGGUGCAGACGUCAGUCCACAUGCAUGAUUUGUGAUGGCAAGGCAAG